ACAGCCACCGCCGCUCUAGCCGCCCUGUCGGGCCAUGGAAGACGACGCCAGCUGGGCGGAGAGCUGCGGCAGCCUGACUCGCCCCAGCCCGGCGGGGUCCCUCGCCCCUGCCUCGCCCUCCUCCUCGGCCGCCAGGAAGUGAAGAAUAUGAGACGGAUUUACUACUGAGUGGAGAAACGGUUGCCUCUUGAUAUGGAGACUAGUACCUGUGUGAUGCUUCCUCUGGUCUCCUGCUUCCGUCUGCUGCAGCUCUGGCCCUUUCUGCUUCUUGCCUCAGCAGUGCCACCACACAGCGCCUGGUCUCUUCGCUCCCGAGGUCUCCCGGCAGCACGGCCACUCUGCGGCCACCGCAGCCCCUCGGCCCCCAGAUCUGUCUGCGCCUGGGACAAGAGCCCGCCUCCCGAUAAAGGACCGCCCCCUUCCUCACUGCACCCGCGGUCCCUGGCUCACAAAGGGGCGGAGCUACGCAGUGCAGUGCGGCUGAGGCGUCAGGCCCAGGGGACCCGGCCUGCCACCCCCUCUGGCUUUGAGGAUGGCCUCUCCUCCUCGCAGUACCCCUGGGCCAUAGUUUGGGGUCCCACGAUAUCCGUGGAAGAUGGAGGCGAUGCCAACUCGGCCAACCCAGGUUUCCCGCCUCCGGGUUACACCUUUGUUUCCUCAAGCGGAAUGGCGACGGUGCAACCCAAUUCCCACUCGCUGCUGCACAAUGAAGGGCUCAACCUACGGCAAACCCCGGCCACACUACGGCCCUUCCUCUUUGGGCCCCGGGGAGAAGGUGUGGACCCUCAGUUAUAUGUUACCAUUACGAUCUCUGUUAUUAUCGUUCUAGUUGCUAUGGGGAUAAUACUCAAAUUCUGCUGGGACCGCAACCAGAAACGCCGCCGCCACUCUAGCCAGCAAAGUGGACUGCGACAGCAGGGUAGCCAGCAGCCCUUAACAGACCUGUCACCUGCCUCCGUCAGCAUCCUGGGGCCCUAUGGAGAUUCACAGGCUCCCACACCGGAGAUGGCAGAAACUGGGCAGGGACUGGAGGGCACAGAGAAGCUAGAGGGAUUAGGGAAGACCAGUGCCUUCCAGCUCAACAGGAUCCCACUGGUCAACCUGUGACGGCACUGGAAGCAGCCGGCCUGGCUCCUUUGUGGCAAGACCAAAUACUGAGUCUCCAGGAGAAUCCCAGAGGACUGGCAGCCCUCCCUUUGCCCCCCGUCGUCCUGCAAGUGUGGUCCUGCCACAGCAGAAGUAUUGUAGAUCCCUUUU